GGUUAACUGUGAUGUCAGUUGCAGAGGCAGGGACUGCUACUCACUGAAAGCAGUUUCCACCCUGCUUUAAAUACAACGCCAACACAGACAGUCAGAGAACAGUGUGUCAAACGGCAGAGACAAAAUACAUGAGCGAGCAGCGAACAUCAACCGGAUUCAGCAGCGUACGAAGAUCCACUAAGUGCAUUUGAAUGGCUGUCACAUCCUAACGCGUCUGCCGCAUCCCACGUAUAGUCAGACCAUGAACUACGUGGGUCAGCUGGCCGGUCAGGUUUUCGUGCAGGUGAAGGAGCUGUACAGAGGCCUGAACCCUGCCACCCUCUCCGGCUGUAUUGAUGUCAUUGUGGUGCGUCAGCCUGACGGCACUCUGCAGUGCUCGCCUUUUCACGUCCGUUUCGGCAAGAUGGGAGUGCUACGCUCACGGGAGAAAGUGGUUGACAUUGAGAUAAAUGGGGAGCCGGUCAGUUUACACAUGAAACUGGGUGAAAAUGGAGAGGCAUUCUUUGUCACAGAAACAGAAAGUGGUGAGGAGAUGGUGCCGUCCCACUUGGCUACAUCACCCAUAAUUUCAGAAGGCUCUGCCCUAAUGCAGGCCCAAAUGGGAAAAGUCUUGUCCCGUCUUUCUGAGUCUGGAAACGGAACCUUCAUUCAAACCCUGGGCCCCAUGCAGGCCCCUGUUGACAGUUCAAUAAUGAAGAAGAGGAGGAAGAGGAGGAGAAAAUCUAAAGUAGACAGCAAGAAGCGAGAGGACAACGAAGACUUUUCAGAAGAUGAGGACAUGUUUACCAUCGACAUGAGUUCUGAUGAUGACGCAGAGGCUUCAGGCAGCAGAGCCAUGUCACAUGAGCUGUUUGCUGAGCAGGUGAAAGGAACCAGCAGCACAUACACACAGUCUGAAGGAAAGUGGACUGGUGUUCAAAGUACAGGGUUGGAGAAGACAUGCUCUUUACCCAUUCCCACCAAUGCAGGAUUAUCCAUUUCUUGCCCUCAACAAAUAGCCAUGUUCCAGUCCACACACAGUCCAAAUAGCUCCCUGCCAUCUACACCCAAGAGUGAUUCAGAGUUGCUGGACAGUCAGAGGGGUAAAGGGAAACUGGACAACCCUGAGAUGCUGUGGACAUGGGGAGAGCUACCUCAUGCUGCCAAGCCUUCAUUCCUGCAGCCCCUGUCAGAGCCCAUGGUGGUGAACCCAAGAUCGAUCCCACCGUCUGAAAGCACGCACUUCAGAGCCAUCACUGGGGAUGGAACGGUGGAGUCUCAGAGCAAUGAUGUGUAUGUGCCUGAUCUCAGGGCUGGAGAGGCAACAUCUGUCCCUGCUGUAGAUGUGGAGGCCAUCAGUGCGGCCGCCCAUCUUAUCACAGACCUAGAGGAGGGGUGUCACAGUCCUGGGGCUCAUGCCAUUAGCAAGAUGGACUCUCCAUCCAAGAGAAAAGACAAAAGGAGCCGGCACUUGGGAUCAGAUGGAAUAUACCUGGAUGACAUCACAGAGUUGGAGCCUGAGGUGGCUGCCCUGUACUUUCCAAAGAGUGAUGGAACAACUUCUGUGAGGGGCGGAGCAGAUCUGAGAAGUGCAAAUCAGUCCCCUCAGUCAGUGGGCAGCAGUGGAAUGGACAGUGGGGUGGACAGCUUUUCUGACCAGUUAGGAGACUUGCCUCAUAUUGCCAUCUCUCUUUGUGGAGGACUGUCAGAAAACAGAGAGAUCACUAGAGAGGAAUUUGAGGAGCGAGCAAUAUCUUAUCAGGAGUUUGCAGAUAAUCCAUCUAUCAUUGAUGAUCCCAACCUGGUUGUAAAGAUUGGAACUAAGUAUUAUAACUGGACCACAGCCGCUCCUAUCGUAUUGGCCGUGCAGGUUUUUCAGAAACCCUUGCCAAAGUAUUCCUGUCUGAGUUACGUCUACUCUGCUCUUGGUUUCUUCACAUACUGUUUUCCUAGCGUGUUCGGCUCUAGUCCUGCCACAGUAGAGAACAUCAUGAAGGAGAAGAUGCCCAAGAAAGGAGGACGCUGGUGGUUCUCAUGGCGGGGCAGAAAUGACAGCUCCAAAUCGGAAUCAGCAUCAGACCAGAUUGAAGGUGGAGAGGAGUCUAUAAGAACAGGAACUGUGAGCAGAUUAAAGGAUGAAUCAUCAUCCAGUGAAGAUGACAGUGGAAGUGCUAAACAGAAUACUGUGAGCAAUCAGCCUGAAGUUAUCCACAGCUCUGGAGGCCAUUGCUACAGGAAGACUCUUCGUUUGUCCCCAGAACAGCUCGCCAGUCUGCACUUAAAAGAUGGCCCCAAUGAUGUGGUCUUCAGCGUGACUACCCAGUACCAGGGCACCUGCCGCUGUGAGGGUACCAUUUAUCUGUGGAACUGGGAUGACAAGAUAGUGAUUUCAGAUAUUGAUGGCACCAUCACAAGGUCUGAUACCCUGGGACACAUAUUACCAACUCUGGGUAAAGACUGGACCCAUCAAGGUAUUGCCCGACUCUACCACAGAGUUAGCCAGAACGGCUACAAAUUUAUGUACUGUUCAGCUCGGGCUAUUGGCAUGGCUGACAUGACCCGGGGUUACCUGCACUGGGUUAAUGAAAGAGGCACUAUGCUACCCAUGGGACCUGUGCUGCUUAGUCCUAGUAGUCUGUUCUCUGCAUUUCACAGGGAGGUCAUUGAGAAGAAGCCAGAAAAGUUUAAAAUCGAAUGUCUGACCGAUAUAAAAAAUCUGUUCUAUCCAAACACAGAACCCUUCUAUGCUGCUUUUGGAAACAGGGCAACAGAUGUUUAUUCAUAUAAAGAGGUGGGAGUGCCUUUGAACAGAAUAUUCACUGUGAAUCCUAAGGGAGAGCUCAUCCAAGAACAUGCAAAGACCAACAUAUCAUCUUAUGGGCGCCUAUGUGAGGUCGUAGAUCAUGUCUUCCCUCUUCUGAUCAGAGGGAACACCACCGACUUUCCCUGUUCAGACACCUUUAGCCAGUUCACCUUCUGGAGAGAGCAGUUACCAGAGGUAGAAAAGCAAGAUAAACAUUCUGAGAGCAGCUAAAAGGACAUAAAGCGAACAUCACCUACAAACUCAGCUCU